AUGCCGACGACGUCGUCGCAAGACCCGGAAGCAGCAAACGAGCCGCAGAAGAAUUCGCGGAAAUGGACGGUGCAUCAGGGGAGGAAUCGAUUCUGCUGUCAAGGAAGGAUGGUUUGCUCGCGUCAGCAUGGCGUCUUCGUUCUCACCGUUUUCCUACUUUCCACAUGUCUCACAUUAUUCUUUAUAUUUGACGCGCCUUUUAUGUGGAACAUCAAUCCGGCGAUUCCUAUUGUGGCAGCUGUUUUGUCGACGAGUGUUAUUGCCAACUUCGUGCUUACUUCGUUUUCGGACCCUGGAAUUAUACCGAGAGUUGGGAAUUUGGAGCUCAUCGAGCUCGAUAAGCAGAAAACGGCAGAGCAAAUUGCUGAAAACUGCACGAAUCGUGUUCGAACGAAGGAAGUCGUCGUCAACGGCCAACGAGUCAAACUAAAGUACUGUACGACGUGCCGCAUGUUUCGACCACCGCGCACCUCGCACUGCUCAGUUUGCGACAAUUGUGUUAUGAUGUUCGAUCACCACUGUCCUUGGGUUGGUAAUUGCAUCGGCCAACGCAACUACGCGUUCUUCUAUCGAUUCGUGAUCUCACUAGCGUUUCUUAUCAUUUAUUGCUUCGCGUGCUCCGUUGUGCAUCUAUGUUUAGUAUCUAAGCAGAAAGAGAGUUUGGCAGAUGCGAUCAAACAGAAUCCAAUCACUCUGGUUGUGGCCCUUGUGGGAUUCUUCUCGAUAUGGUCAGUAGUUGGUUUAAUGUGCUUUCAUAGCUAUUUAAUAGUUACUAAUCAGACAACGAAUGAAGAUCUCAAAGGAGUAUAUCGUAAUAAACCGUCGAAUCCACCGGAAACAGAAGUGAAAAAUCCGUUUCAUCGCGGUUUUUUCAAGAAUAUUGCUGAAAAAUUGUGUCGUUCUCAACCGCCGAGUGUCUUGGACGCAAGCGGAUUUCUCGACGCGAAUGUCUACAUUGUAGUGCCGAAACCGAAAGCUUCGUCAUCUUCUCAUGAGCCGACAACGUCGACAUGA